AGGCGACCGUGGGGAGGUGCCGCCAGGGUCUCAGAAAAUUUUAAAUUACAUGCAUGGAUCCCAUAUUUCUGUUGGUGUACUCCAAGGACCAGCAGCAUCAACAACAUUUGGGAAUCUAUCAGAAAUGUAGAAUUGCUGGCCCACUCCAGACCUACUGAAUCAGAAUCUCAUUUUAAUAAGAGCUCAAGAUGAUUCAAAUACAUAAGGCACAGUGUUAUAUGUUGAAGAUACUGCCUUUGGAGCAGGUGGGCUGCCAUCUUCCAGAUCUUCAUAGAGGUGGAGCAAGUGGUAGGAGAAAGCCAAAUUUGACUGCAGUAAUUCCUUGAAAUAUGCCACAGCUGGAACAUAGGAAUCAUCCAGCCUGCCUGUGCUACUAGAUGAAUGGAAGACUGAUUUAAACAAAGUACCAACAAGGAAUUGUCCUUGAUUUUUGUACUGUGUAGCAUUCCUCAAAUUCUUUUCACAUCUUCUUUUACUGUAAAAACUGCAUUUAAGUUAGAAAAUGAAGCAAUUGAAAAGGAAAAGGAAAAGCAAUUUCAGUGUACAAGAAACUCAGACCCUUUUAAAAGAAAUUACAAAAAGGAAAGAAGUCAUUUUUUCCAAGCAACUCAAUACAACAAUUAAUGUGAUGAAGCGAAUGGCUUGGGAGGAGAUUGCACAGUGUGUGAAUGCUGUAGGAGAAGGAGAACAGAGAACAGGGACAGAAGUGAAAAGAAGGUACCUUGACUGGCGAGCACUUAUGAAGAGAAAGAGGAUGAAGGCGAACAUUAAGCUAGUUGGUUCGGGGUUUCCCCUUCCCACAUCCGAUUUAGAUGACUCUCUCACUGAAGAGAUAGAUGAAAAGAUUGGAUUCCGAAAUGAUACAAAUUUUGAUUGGCAAAAUGUGGCAGAUUUCAGGGAUGCAGGUGGGUCCUUAACUGAGGUCAAAGUGGAAGAGGAAGAAAGAGAUCCUCAGAGUCCUGAAUUUGAGAUUGAAGAGGAAGAAGAUAUGUUGUCAUCAGUCAUACCAGAUUCCAGGAGGGAAAAUGAACUUCCUGAUUUCCCCCACAUUGAUGAGUUUUUUACUCUGAAUUCAACACCAUCUAGGUCUGCAUAUGAUGAGCCCCAUUUGCUUGUAAACAUAGAGAAACAGAAACUAGAAUUGGAAAAACGACGGCUCGAUAUUGAGGCUGAAAGACUGCAGGUAGAGAAGGAACGCCUACAGAUUGAGAAAGAGAGGCUGCGACAUUUAGACAUGGAGCAUGAGCGGCUUCAGCUGGAGAAGGAGCGGCUGCAGAUUGAAAGAGAGAAGUUGAGGUUACAGAUAGUCAACUCAGAGAAACCAUCUUUGGAAAAUGACCUUGGUCAAGGAGAAAAGUCCAUACAUCAACCACAGGAUAUAGAAACAGAGAAGUUAAAACUUGAGAGAGAACGCUUGCAACUGGAAAAAGAUAGGCUGCAGUUCUUGAAAUUUGAAUCGGAGAAGCUGCAGAUUGAAAAGGAACGCUUACAAGUCGAAAAAGAGAGACUACGAAUGCAGAAGGAAGGACACUUGCAGUGAUUUAUCUAGGUCUCCAUUUAUCAAAUGUAUGUAAACCAUAGGUUUAGGUAAUAUAAAAAUGGUUGCAGGAUUAGCUGUAUUGGUUUUUUUCCUGUUUAAUAUUAGUAUUCUCAAUAGGAAAAAGAUAGUUAUUUGUGGAUAAUUAUAUGCUUAAGUAGUGUAUUAUAUAAAAAAUAUGUGCCCUAGUAUAAACAGUAUAGCAAAAACUAUUGUGCUAUACUCUUUAAAUUAGUAAAAAAUUACAUAGAGUCUUGUAUAAUUUGUAUGCUGAGAGUUUAUAAUUCUGUCUGUAAAAGUAGUUCUCAGCAGUUCUCAACUGGGGGUGACUUUGGCCCCCAAAAGACAUUUGGAAAUGUCUAGAGACAUUUUUGGUUGUCAAAACUGGGCAGUGGGGCAUGUUGCUACUGGCAUGUAGUAAGUAGAGGCCAGGGAUGCCUAUGUCCUUCAAUGCACAGGACAGCCCGCACAAAAAAGAGUGAUCCAGCCCAAAAUGUCAACACUGCUGAGAUUGAGAAACCCUAUCCUAGCCUGACUGAGCACCUCUUCAGCUUUGUUUCAGUUUAAGAAUAUUAAAACCUCAGAUAUUUAUGUGGGAGUUACUUAAAUGGCCCCAAACUGUAACUAUGAAACAUUACUGUGCAGCAUAUUGAAUAUAGGAAGUGAUGAAGAUUAUAGGUAUUUUAUUCCCAUUUCCAUUUAUAAAUAAUUUGAGUUAGAAAACAAUGUCGGGAACAUCAGAGAUUGUCUAAAGUGGGUCACUUUGAAAAGCAGUUCAUUCAUCUAGCUAUUGAUACUUUAGAAACAACACACACUUUUAAACUUUAGUUAGUUAUCCUUUCUUCUUUGACUCCAUUGUCUUAGACAAAAAUUGUCAUUUCAACCAUGUACUUGAAAUCUUAAUGUAAGUGGUUGAAGCUAGUAAAAAUGUUACCAAUUUCAAAAUGGUACCAGUAGUCAAUGACCUUGAACUCAGUAAGUGGUAAUUUGAUUUUUAAAAUAGAUAAUAGCUAUUUGGAACUGGGAUUGGGGGUGGGGGGAGAAUGUCCUCUGUAUCCGAUAGUAAUGAUGGCGAUGAAAUAAUGAUAGUAGCUGUGUGUUAUGAAUUAGGGAAGCACUUAUUGCACACUAUCUGACCUAAUCCGUAGAACAAGUUGAGAGUAGUAUCUAUUAUUAUUCCUGAAUCUGAGGCUUAGAGAAGUCACACAGUGAGUAAAUGGCUAAUUUCAUAUAUCAUGAUGUAUUUUGUCUUUCCCCCACCCUGUGCAACAAAGUUUGUAUUGUUAGUCCAUUUGGUAUUUAUUCUGAGACCGAGGGCUUGCUUAAUAUGGUGAUUUACCUUCAGUCCCCUGAAGGUACUUUUUCCACAAUCCAGGUGAUUCUGAUGCACACUAAAGUUGAGAAUCACUGCACGAGAUCACUUUGUAUUUUCCCAUUUCCAGGGGUGAUAUGUAACCUUCGUACAUCUCUUCUAUUGAUAGAUACUACCUUGAUUCUGCAUUUGGUCCUUGUUAAUUUAAGAAUGUCUUGAAACCAUAUGUGACAUUUGAGUUUGGGUGUGUAAGGAAAAAAUAUACUUCUUAGCUACCUUGACUUUGAAAUAGUGUUAUUUUUCUAUAACUGAAAUAAAUGCUUCUACCAUAGAAAU